ACCGCCUGCACGGGUCCGGCCGGCAUGACUGCGACGCUCAGGGCUGCCAGUCCGCCUCUGUAUAGGUGAACGGUGUGGCGUCAAAGCGGCCUCCCCGCACCAACAGUACAACAAGCUCGCAAGAUGGCGGCGGCCGAGCGAGUCGUCGCCGAGGGGGGCGAGGCUGACGCACUUCCGGGGCCGCCCCUUCUCCGUGACGUAAAUUCCCGCCCCUCCCUCUCGAGACACGCCGUUGCCGUGGCAGCGGUCGGGGAGCCGGGAUAGGUUUUGCCGGGGAUCCCAGGAGCGGCAGGCGCACCUAGGGGCAGUUUCAUGAGCCGACCAGACACAGUGGCUGAGGCUGCGACGCCGGAGACUGGAGCCACGAGGAUGGCACACCUGCUGGGCAGCCAGGCCUGCAUGGACAGCCUGCGCAGGGACCUCACCGACCUUCAGGGCACCAUCGUGGACGUGUUCUCGCGUGCCGGGCCCGUGCACUUCCCUUCCUGGAAGUUCCCUGACCGCAUGGCCUGUGACCUGGACAUGGUGGCCCUGCUAGAGCACUACGACCACGUGCCAGGUGACCCCGAGUUCACGCAGCUGUCCCACGCUGUGCUGCUGGAGCUGGUCAUCGACAGGCUCCUGCUGCUGCUUCAGAGCUGUGCGAGCUACUUGGAGAACCUCGGCGUGGAGCAGACGGUGCCCCCCGCCAGGGCUGCCAGGCCCUGCAUGUCCGUGGGGCUCACGGUGCGGCGCUUCUGGAACAGCCUGCUGAGGCUGGUCAUGCUCAUUCAGCAGGUGGCCCCCCAGAAAAGGGCAAACCAAGGGGAGACCCCCACCUCCAAGCCCACAGCCAAGGGCGAGCCAGCCAGGAGCCCUGAAUUUGUGACUGCCAAGCUCAUCAAGCCCACCUCACCAAUGCCAGGCUUGCCCCAGACCUGCCAAGAGCUGGACAGACUCCCUGUCAGCGUCUCCCUGCAGUGUCCAGCCAGGACGGCCAAAAACACCAGGAGUGUCCACUCCCAGACCAUGGAGACAGCCCUGGUGCCCUGUGAUGCAUGCACCAGCGUCCAGGGCAGCCUGCAGGAGGUGGGCAAGAUGGUCAUCAGCCUGUGUCAGAGCCAGAACUUGCCCUCGUCCUUAGGCCAGUUCCAGCAUCUGGUGCAGGACAGCAUGGGGCUCAGGCCACUGCCGGCCACCACCAUGGGCCACUGGGCAGCUGAGCAGAGCAAAGACCUGGCACGCCUCAGCAAGCACAUGGGAGCCCUCACUCAGCUUGUGGGGCCCCUCAGGGCCCAGCUGGAGGAGGCUAAGGGGCAGAAGGACAGACUGAGGAAGCAGGUGGGCGAGCUGGAGCAGGCCCUGCAGCAGGAGCAGGGGGCACAGCGGCGGCAGGCGGACGAGGCCGAGCAGCGCCUGGCCCAGUGGGAGCACGACAGGCGGCAGCUGCUCGCAGAAACAAGUGACCUCAAGACAAAGGUGUCCACCCUGGAGGGGGAGCUGAAGCAGCAGCGGGAGUCCACGCGGGCCGUAGAGACGAAGGCCCAGGAGCUGCAAGAGGAGGCUGAGCACAGGGCGGAGGCUGAGAGGCAGGUGCAGCAGCUGGAAGAGCAGGUGCAGCUGCUGGCAGGGCGGCUGGAUGGAGCCAGCCAGCAGAUCCGCUGGGCCAGCACAGAGCUGGACAAGGAGAAGGCCCGUGUCGAUAGCAUGGUCCGCCACCAGGAGUCCCUGCAGGCCAAACAGCGAGCCCUGCUACAGCAGCUGGACACCCUGGACCAGGAGCGUGAGGAGCUGAGGGGCAGUUUGGCUGAGGCCGAGGCCCAGCGGGUCCACGUAGAGAAGCAACUGCAGCAUGUGCGGAGCGAGAGGGAGCAGGGGCAGUGCCAGCUCCGGGCCCAGCAGGAGCUGCUGCACAGCCUGCAGCGAGAGAAGCAAGGCCUGGAGCAGGCAACAGCGGAUCUGCAGCUGACCAUCUCGGAGCGAGAACGUGAGCUCGUGGAGUUGAGGGAGCGGGAGAGGCUGCUGGUGGCCUUUCCGGACCUGCACAGGCCUGUGGAAGCCCAGAUCCAAAGCUCUGGCAACGUCACGGACGACAUGGAGAGGCAGGUGCAGGCCAACGACAUCCGUAUCCGGGUCCUACAGGAGGAGAACAGGCGGCUGCGAUCCAUGCUGUCUAAGAUCCGGGAGGUGGCCCAGCAGGGGGCCCUCAAGCUGAUCCCACAGGACCAGCUCUGGGCCCCUCCCAGCAAGGGAAUCCACAGAGCAGCACCCCCAGCCCAGGCCCAGAGAGCAUCUCCAGGGCCCCUGGGCAGGCAGCACUCACCUGGCAGCAGGACGGCCAGUGCGGGCAGGACCCUGCCGGGCCAGCCCCAGGCCUCCCCGCCUCAGCAGCCCUGCAGUCGACCCAGCAAGUCCUCCCUAGAGGAUGUGACCCACUCGACCAACUGUGCCCAGAACCCCAUCCGGGCCUUGGCCAGGCUAAGAAGGAGACUGUCACCAAGCCGGGGCCAGGCCGGCCCUGCAUACCAGCCCCAGGAGCGGCCCACGUAGCCUGCAGUGGGGUGGGGCUGGAGGGCGGGAAGCUGGCAACCCACCCCAUGUAAUAAAGCCCAGGCCAUCUGCUCACAGCAACCUUGGCCUCACCACACUGGCUCAGCAGGGCAAGAGUCCUUCCUUCCCUGUCCUGAGUCCCCGGCCAUGUGGGUCAUUGGCCAGCAGAGGUCUGGCACACUGUGCACCCUCAGUAAAUGGGAGCUUCCUGCCUCCCUCCUGACAGGGGCAGUGGAGGAAGAGGACACACUGAGGGCAGAAAGAAGCUUCUAGCACCUGGGCGAUGUGAAAGCAGUCUUUUGAUCCUCACUGCAAAGACUAAGGGGUAACAUGGACUCAGUGACCCCCACCAAUAAAGAGCAGGGUCAGGGUAGGGGGUGCGCAGGGGAAGGAGAGCAGCCGCCACGGUGGGCCCAGUGAGGACACCUGAGGCAAGGAAGGAGUCAGAGGCCGGGGUUCUGGCUCAGGCUCACAAAGGCAGGCAGGGACCACCCAGCUGUGAACCUGGGCAUGGGGACAUUAAGGAUCCAAGAAAAUCAGCCCCCCUUUCACUGUGGAACGCCUCACCUUCAGGAAACACAAGUCAGAAAGGGUUUUUCUAAAUCCAGGAGGUUGGAUCCCCAGGAGGCCACUGAAGGCAGGGCAAGGCUUCACCCAGCCAGAGAGCGGGACACCCCAAGCCAGCCCUGGCUUUCCCAGGCCUGUCCCUUGGGGCCAGGGCACUGAUGCUGCCAGGCACACCAGGCCUGCAGUAGUCCAGUUUUCCUCACGAAGCCUCCAGCCUGUCCUGAGCCACCCCGCCUGUGAAGGACAGGCACUAAGACCUUGCUGAGGAGUUCUGGGUGUGGGGGUGGGAAGGGGGAUGCUCUUGGCUUUCUAUGACAGUUUUCCCUGGUCAGGAGGCCAACAAGUAGAGCACCUCAGUUUACAGAGAAAAGUCAAGAAGAGCUGUGUAUGUAGCUGAACUGGCAUGGCCACAGGCUGCCCAACUCUUGCUUCUGUGGAGCCCGGGGGCUCGCUGAGGGAGCCUGGGCUGGCUGUCUGGACUGGGCCCCUCCCAGCUGAGAGCCAGCCCUCUGGUGUGCUCCCUGAGGCAGGGGGCGGACCUGUCACAGCCCGGCUCCUCUCUGCAUCCAUUCAGUAGCUCACAGGUCUGUAGGUCAGACGUCCGGCCCUGUGUGGGUGGGUUCUCUGCUCAGGGCCUUACAAGGCUGAAAUCAAAGCAUCUGCCAGGGGCUUCCCUGGUGGCA